UCUUCUCUUCUCUUCUCUUCUCCAGACUCCAUCUGUUCUGUUGUUACGGUCAUACAAAAGCAUCACGAAAAUCGGAGAGGACAAAGCCAAGGCGCAUUAGAAUCAGAAGCAGACGAAAAGAAGAAGCAGGGCCCAUUGGUUGAAUUAAAGUUGUUCACUGCUGCAUCUGUGCCCACCUACGCUCCACCAUUCUUUCUCCCAGAAUCCAGAUCCAUCCAUUCUUCUUCAUCAAAUAUCAAAUGCGCAGCCGAUUCCAGCUUGCAGGUUGGAGGGUGAUCCCUUUAUAUGCUCCUCCUCCUCCUUCUCUUCCAUCGGAGAGGAUUUCCCUCUUCUCCAAGGUGGUGCCUGCGUUAAAGAAGAGGUAUCCAUGGCGCGAGCUACAGAUGUGGAAAAGGAAAACCUUCAGUAUGACGACGGGCUAGGGCUUGAGGUUGACGAUGACACGGCUCAUCAAAUCAGCCAUGAUCCUUGGUACCAAGUUGGUUUUGUACUCACAACUGGAGUGAAUAGUGCUUAUGUUUUGGGGUACUCUGGAUCAAUAAUGGUACCUUUGGGUUGGGUAGCUGGUACAACUGGUUUAGUUCUUGCCGCUGCCAUUUCCCUGUAUGCUAAUGCACUUCUGGCCCGGCUUCAUGAAGUAGGAGGCAAAAGGCACAUAAGAUACAGAGACCUUGCUGGCCAUAUAUAUGGUAGAAAAAUGUAUGCUCUUACAUGGGCUUUGCAGUAUGUUAAUCUUUUCAUGAUCAAUACUGGUUACAUCAUUUUAGCUGGACAAGCAUUGAAGGCCAUCUAUGUUCUCUACACGGAUGAUCAUGUCUUGAAGCUUCCGUACUGUAUAGCAAUUGCUGGGAUUGUCUGUGCAAUGUUUGCCUUUGGGAUACCUCAUCUAUCAGCUUUGAGGAUUUGGCUGGGUGUUUCAACCAUCCUCAGUCUCAUAUAUAUAAUCAUAGCUUUUGUGUUAUCAAUAAGAGAUGGAGUGAAUUCCCCAGUUCGGGAUUACAACAUUCCGGGAUCUAAUAACAGCAAGAUAUUCAAUACAAUUGGUGCUGUUGCUAGUCUUGUUUUUGCUUACAAUACAGGAAUGCUGCCUGAGAUACAGGCAACUGUUAAACCCCCUGUUAUCAAGAACAUGGAAAAGGCACUUUGGUUUCAAUUUACAAUUGGUGGUUUGCCGUUGUAUGCUGUGACCUUCAUGGGAUAUUGGGCUUAUGGCUCCGUGACAUCAACCUAUCUCCUCAAUAGCGUGAAGGGCCCGGUGUGGGUGAAGACAAUGGCCAAUAUUGCAGCAUUUUUACAGACAGUUAUUGCUUUACAUAUUUUUGCUAGUCCAAUGUAUGAGUACCUGGAUACACAUUAUGGACCGGGAAAAGGGAAUGCAUUUUCCUUCCAGAACCUUGGGUUCAGAGUGAUGGUGAGAGGAGGCUACCUCACCAUAAACACUCUGGUUGCCGCUCUGCUGCCAUUCCUUGGAGAUUUCAUGAGCCUGACUGGGGCCUUGAGCACAUUUCCCCUCACGUUUGUUCUUGCAAAUCACAUGUACCUGGUGGUGAAGAAGAAUAAGUUGUCACCACUCCAGAAGGCCUGGCACUGGCUGAAUGUUGUGGGCUUCAGUUGCUUAGCUGCUACUGCUGCUGCUGCAGCCUUGAGACUUAUCGUAGUUGAUUCUAAGACAUAUCAUUUAUUUGCGGAUCUUUAAUUAUUAUUAUUAUUAUUAUUUAAUUGUAAAAUUUCUACAGAUUUCCCAGCACGCAGUAUUUAAUAACAAGUGCAAGGUUCUUGUGUUCGUGUA